UUAUGAGCUAAUUCGUAGCAUUGAUCUAAUCACAGUCCCCAGCAGAGACACAAAAUGCUUUUAAUUGGUCCUGCAACUUUCAAAGUGAUCGUCUGAUGGAAAGCUUCAUGAAAUGUUCCUGGUUCAGGUGUCUGCCGUCUUCCUGCUGACCUAAGACCAAAGACUGCAGCUUCCUGGCCGCUGCAUCCCAGCAAGCAAUCCCGAGCAAUCCUAAGCAAUCCCGAGGAAUCCCUUGAGCCCGGCAGAACCCAGAAGGCCGCUUGGCUCUGGUUCCCAAUCCAUGGAAAUGCCGCACAGUCUAACCAGCGAGAACGGCUUCCCUUUUGCCCAGACGCUCGUGUUCCCGGGCCCGCCUGCACCRCUUGAGAACGGCUUGGGCUUCGACACGCCGAGCCCCACGGAGGCCCGGGACACGCCGCUCGGCAAUGGCACCGUGUACUCYGUCGCCAGCAGCCCGUCGGACUCGUGCGUGAAGCCCCUGUGCCAUGGCUGCCCAGAGGAUCGCACGGCCUACAGCGAAGGGGUCAAGUACGUGUCCGCCGAGGAGGAGGAGGAACUGGCGUGCGGCUGGGGAGCCUUCACGCCCGGCUGCCUGCAGCUCUUCAACACGCCCAAGGGCAUCCUCCUCUUCCUCUGCAUGGCCUCCUUCCUGCAAGGCAUGACGGUGAACGGCUUCAUCAACACGGUGGUCACGUCCAUCGAGCGGCGCUUCGACCUCCGCAGCUACCAGAGCGGGCUCAUCGCCAGCUCCUACGACAUCGCGGCCUGCGCCUGCCUCACCUUCGUCAGCUACUUCGGCGGCAACGGCCACAAGCCGCGCUGGCUGGGCUGGGGCGUGCUGGUCAUGGGCUUGGGCUCGCUCCUCUUCGCCUUGCCCCACUUCACCACGGGCCRCUACGCGGCGCGGUUCUCCGAGGACAUGGGCGCCUGCGCCGCCAACCGCAGCCAGGCCUGCGCCCAGGCCGCCUCCGGCCUCGCCGGCUACCGCUUCGUCUUCAUGCUGGGCCAGUUCCUCCAUGGCGUCGGCGCCACCCCGCUCUACACGCUCGGCGUCACCUACCUCGACGAAAAUGUCAAGACUAACUACUCCCCUGUGUACAUUGCUGUCUUCUACACUGCUGCAAUCCUUGGGCCUGCAGCGGGUUAUCUGGUAGGAGGAAUGUUUCUAAAUAUUUAUACUGAAAUUGGCAGAGAGAUCGACAUCACCCCAGACAACACGCACUGGGUGGGGGCCUGGUGGAUCGGCUUCCUUGGCGCGGGAGCGGCCUCCCUCCUCAUCUCCAUCCCCAUCCUGGGCUACCCUCACCGCCUCCCUGGAUCCCAGCGCUACAUCGUUAUGAGGGUGUCGGAGGCCCAUCAGCUGAAGGACGGGAGCCACAAAAAAGCAUCAGAUCCUGACUUUGGCAAAACGGUUAAAGAUCUGCCUCGGUCAGUACUGCUGCUCCUGAAGAAUCCCACCUUCAUCUUCCUCUGCUUAGCGGGAGCCACCGAGGCCACCCUCAUUGCAGGCAUGUCCACGUUUGGACCCAAGUUCCUCGAGUCUCAGUUUAGCUUAAGUGCCUCUGAAGCUGCCACUUUUUUUGGUUAUCUUGUGGUGCCGGCCGGAGGGGGAGGCACGUUCCUGGGAGGAUUUCUUGUGAAUAAAUUUAAACUCCGCUGCUCGGGAAUCAUCAAAUUGUGUUUACUUUGCACGGUGUCAAGUCUGCUGGCUAUUUUCAUCUUCUUCAUCCACUGCCCCAACAUGCCUAUGGCAGGAGUAACGCAGAUGUAUGAGGGAAGCGCUUUGCCAGGAGGCCGCCUCAACCUGUCGGCCGCCUGCAACGCCGAGUGCGGCUGCCUGCGCGAGACCUACAGCCCCGUGUGCGGCAGCGACGGCGUCGUGUACUACUCGCCCUGCCACGCGGGAUGCAGGGCCUCCAGGAGGCUCGGGAGCGGCAAAAAGGUCUACAGCGAGUGCAGCUGCGUCGCCGCGAGCCGACGCUCCGGCCCUGGCGAGGCAGAGGCCGGGAAAUGCACCUCCUCAUGUGCAAAGAGGCCCCUGCUCCUCUUCUUCAUGUUYGUCGUGAUCCUCUUCACCUUCCUCAGCAGUAUUCCCGCUCUGACAGCAACUCUGCGUUGUGUCUCCGACAGGCAAAGGUCGUUUGCRCUGGGGAUCCAGUGGAUCGUCGUCCGAACUCUAGGUGGCAUUCCCGGCCCCAUCGCCUUCGGCUCCAUGAUUGACAAAUCGUGCCUGCUUUGGCAGGACCAGUGCGGCGAGCAAGGAUCUUGCUACGUUUACCAGAACUCGGCCAUGAGCCGCUACACCCUCAUUGCUGGACUCGUCUACAAGGUGCUGGGAACCACCUUCUUUAUAGUCGCCUGUUUACUCUACAAACCACCACCCGCGGAAUCCGCUCCGGGAAGCUCGGGCACAUCUGAAAAYGGGAACAGUGACCUCCAGGAGAGCAAACCUCCGCUCCAGACCAACGAGGACCAAUAGCACCAAGAAUGUGCGGUGACUGUCCCCCUCUCAGUCUCAAAAAUGCUAUGGCAAGACAUCACUCAGUUCCUAGGAUUUUUAAAUUAAUAUUAUCGAUUUUUUUUUUUUUUUAGCUCAAGAAGGAUAAUUUAACUAACCACUGGUGUACUUGCUAUUUUCUCAACUGCAGAAGCACAUUGAAAGUUGUGCGCUGAUGCCAUAUGUGUAGUUAUUUAAUUUUAUUUAAAAAAGGGCUACUAUAGCUUUAUUCCAUGUCUGUAGCAAGGCAGGAUAACGUCCUCCACCAGUGGAAGUUGCACCCGUAACUCCAAUGGAGCACAAGUGGCUUAAACCAGAAGAGCGUCUGGUCCCUAAUAUCUCCACCAUAAAGCCAAUUGUAGCAAAGGUUGAGUUGGGGCUUCUUAAGCCUGAAAAGAGACCCGCUGUCCUGCAAUCUGCAUUGCAAAGAGGACAAGUGGCCCUUAAACUACUGUAUGCAAAGCAAGUAGCCAGGGUGGUGUCUUCCUUUCCCCCUGAAGCAUCAUCAUGCCCGUGCACUUCCAGCUGGUUGGGCUGUUUAAAGGCAAUGCCUUUUGCAAUGUGCACUGUGCUGAACCUGCAUUUAUUUCCCGCUGUUGUUCAAGGGAUGCUUUGCUCUGGGGUGCAGGGACACAUGAGAAAUGGAUCUAUGCAAAGCUGCUCUUCGUUUGCUCUGUAAAGAUGUUUURCCAUAUUGUGGAAAAAGCAAUGGGUUUAUUUUUUUCUUCUGUAGACUGUGAGCUUAAGGGAGAGCUUGCCACAAUGACAGACUGUCUGGUGUGGAGUGGGUGCUGGAUUGCCACCCGCUGCUUGCUCAUACAGUGUCCUCUUAAUGGUCUUUGAGCGUGCACUUACAAUCUUGGACACAUGUCAUUUCUAAGGGGUAAAGAAGAGGAUUCUGGUGUUUGUCAGGGGUACGUCUGCAUUACAGACUCUCCUAAACAUCCUCAAUCAGGCCAAUUUGUUGCUUAGUCUGCCAAUAUUUGCACAGACCAAACAAUCCAGGUACAGCUCCAGGGACAGCCUGGGGCCGACCCCGGGACCCGCGCACUGUAGAACUCACUCCUCGGGGCAGGACGUGCAGUGCGGAGCUGCACAACUGGCACUGACGCUGUGCCAGGUGCUAUUUAGAUUUACUCUGUAGGUAUUUUGUAUAUUUUGUAUAUUUAUGUUUCCUUCAGCGGGCGCAGGAUGGGAAGCUGGUUUCAGUUCGCUGCCAAAGGACUAAAUCUGCUCCGAGCUCCGCGUUGGGUCUCUCCCGUUGCCCAUGGGGCACAUGGUGCCAGGGAUAUAUAAAAAAAAAAUGGGAUCUCCAUCCUCUGAGUGGCUUUAAAAAAUAAAUACGCAAACUCCUUCUGUCUGCAGAUAUCCUGCAACCAAAGCCUGGGAGCUGGGUACCUCAGAGGUCCAGUGUUGUUUUGGGCACAAAAGUGCAUGGUUUGGUGCACCUGCACCUCCAGGCAGUAUCUCUCAGGA